GCUCUCUCUUUGUGCUCUCUCUCUCCCCAUUUCUCUCUCUUUUCUCUCGGUCUCCCUCUAUGCUCGUCAGGGUUCGAUCUACUCCUGCGAUUGAAGUUUGGCGGACUCUCUCUCCGUUCUCUCGGUCAGACAGGACUGUGGUGGUUAGGGUUUCGUGAUCUCGUCGUGCGAUUGUGAGAUUGUCGGUUGGAGCUCAUCAGAUCAAGACUAUUGCCUCUUUUCUUUAGAAUGUGUGAGCAUAUAUAAGUUGCCGAAGGGGGAUGGGAGUGGGAAAUACGACUGCAACAUUAUGUCGUGUGCGUGGAAAGCUCCGAGAGUCCUGACUGGGUUCUUCGCGAGCACAGCCCAUUCUCCUCAGUGCUCUUCCCUCUUGUCGAAUGCGCGAAAUGGAAGAAGAACAAGAACCAAUUUUCUAGCUUUUGAGGCUCAUGAUGGUCAGAAGCGAUGCAGUGGAGAGCCCUUCAUCAUCCAUCCAGUUGAAGUAGCACGCAUUCUAGGAGAACUUGAAUUGGACUGGGAGUCAAUUGCUGUUGGAUUACUACACGAUAGAGUUGAGGAUACUAAUGUUGUGACCUUUGAAAGAAUGUACAUUUUUGUUUGGUGUUUGGUGAUACGAAUGAUAAGUGAAGUUAACAAGUAA